AGACUUUACACCAAAGGCAUUGUCCUUGGCUACAAGAGAGGCUUGAGAAAUCAGCAACCCAACACAUCCCUCGUAAGGAUAGAAGGAGUAAACAGCAAAAAAGAAACAGACUUCUACCUUGGCAAACGUGUGGCAUUUGUGUAUCGUGCCAAGAGAAAGACUGUUGCCAAAGGAGACAAGAAAGCAAGUAAAAUCCGUGUGAUGUGGGGAAAAGUGAUGAGACCCCACGGAAACAGUGGUGUUGUACGAGCUAAAUUCAGGCAUAACCUUCCACCAAAGGCUAUGGGAGCUACUGUCAGAGUGGUACGUUGUUUGUUGGACUGUUUUUCUUUUUUAACCUGAGAAGAAAGCCGACAUUUUGUUCAUACUGCUGCUGGUUUCCCUGCAAAAUGACAUGUGAGGAAUGAGUGAAGAAAUUCUGUGCUGACAAUGUGUUACUACCCAGAUCUGGGUAGUGCUUUUGAUUGGUUGAUUUGGGUAGUGACAAGCAUCAUCAGUGUGGAAUUUCUGCAUUUAUUCAGUCCUCAUAGAAACCACCAGUGGUGCUGCGAAAUGUCGACUAUUUUCUCAGGCUUAAUUUUUAUGUUAGAAUUCUCAAAUUUGAUUUUUGGCAAUUUCCACUUGAAAAGGAAGAAGUGUCUCCUGUUAGAACAAAUUCUGAUUCUUUUAAGGGGAAGUGUGAAUUAUUUUGUGUUCUUCUUUGUAAUUUUUACUGAGCUGUGAUGAAAUGCAUUCAUUUUAUUGUGAAAUGCUACAAUGUAGCAUUAUUGAUUUCUAACUACACUUGAACAGAGCUCAGUUUGCUUAUCAGUUUGUCAAAAAAUGUUUUGUCAGUGUUACAUAAUGGUAAUUGAAUUGAGUGGAGUGCAAUUUGGUCUGAAAUCAUACGCAUGACUUUAAAAUUGGACAUGCACGCAGUGCGACUUCGAUUUAAAAUAACAAGUUUGAGUUCAGACCAAAAUUUGGCAACAUGAAGUUCAAUUACCACUUUAUUAGAGCCAUUUUGAAAUCACAAAAUCCAGUCAGUACCAAUAUUAUGUUGAUCCAGUAGCAGGCUAGCCGGUUUGUUGAAAAUCAAUUUGAAAUCGAAAGCAUGAUUUCAGAUGAAAAUUGCAUGAUACUAAGUUCAAUUACCACUUCAUUACAACCAUUUUGAAAUAGCGGAAUUCAGUCAGCACCAAUUUUUUGUUUUUAAAACAGAAAUGGUGCGAUUUAGAACAGAAAUGA